AUGGUUUGUAGAAACAGUAUUUUUGCUUUGUUGCUCGUGUUAUUGAACCUGCUCUCAGGAACUUCUCAGGUCUCGGUAAUAAAACCACGCACUCUGUCCUCCACAAGAUUGAAAAAUCUUGCAGCGUCGAUAGAUUACGAUGGAUUUAACGAUUUGCUGCGACCCAUAUUGAGAAGUCGUGUGCCUGGAACAAAUGGCCAUCAUGCUGUAAAACAGUAUUUGGUCAAGUUUUUCUCAGACCUUGGAUGGCAGGUCACUUUGGAUGAGUUUGAUAAGGACACAGUGAUUGGUCCGAAACGUUUUACAAAUAUGAUUGCGACUGCAAAUCCUAAUGCCAAAAAAUUUGUGUUGCUAACCGCACAUUAUGACAGCAAGCUCAUGAAUAACAGUCAAAACAAGGAAUUCCUCGCCGCGACAGAUUCUGCUGUUCCUUGUGCCAUGAUCAUGUCCAUUGCAAAGAAUCUUGAUCUGGCUAAACUGAAAAAGAAUAAUGACUACACUUUACAAGUUGUUUUGUUUGAUGGCGAGGAAGCAUUUAUAAGUUGGACUGCAGAUGAUUCAAUUUAUGGUUCAACUCAUUUAGCUGAAAUCUGGUCAAAACCAGAUGAAAAUAAUAAUAGCCACCUUUCAAAAAUUGAAUUUCUUACAUUACUGGACCUUAUCGGUGAAAAAAAUCCGAAAUUUUAUAGUGGCUUUCCAAAAACACAUCGUUACUUUGAACGUUUGGUGUACAUAGAAAAGAGACUCGUGAAAGAUGGCUCGAUCUCACCAACAUUUCAAAACUCGAAUGAAAAGAAACAAUAUUUUGUUGAAGGCUUGCUUUCAGAAUCACUUGGUAUCGAAGACGAUCAUAUUCCUUUCUUGAGAAAAGGUCGGUUGUAA